UUGUGGUUCUCUCGUGAGAAUCUACGUUAAUCAACGAUAUCAGAAGAAGGAUAGCUUCUUCAAACCACGGUAACGAAGCGAAACGCGUUUGGACUUAACCUACGGGUUGUUUUGUGUGAAACGAAGCAGAUCAGUCAUGGGGGAAGCAGUAUACAUGACAGGGAACACGAAGAAGUAUGACAUCCCACUGUCUCACCUGGACCACAGCUAUGUGAAAAAUUGCAGCGAUGUCAAGGAACUGGAGAAAAUAUUCAAAAUCUUGAAGUCAGGGGAGGAAGGUUAUUUUCCUGAGCUUGAACAGUUAGCGGAGAACAAGCUCACAGAAUUAGCUCCAAAUAGCCGAAGCUUUACGGAAGAAUCAUCCUCUGCCUCGACUCUCUGACCUUGACCCUGGUGACAAACAGGAUCUUGUUGAUGGCAUAAAGGACUGGAAUCAGGAAAUGAAAAACAAAGAAGAAAUGUUGACUUCUGGGUCAGGCGUUAUAUCAGGUGACCUUGACCUUCCUCCCAUCAGGUCAGGGGUUAUAGGAACAUCCAGC